AUGAACAUCUUCUCAAGAGACAAGAAGGAAAAGGGCGGCGAAGAUAACGAUGCAGGUUCUGAUUCUGGAUCUGUGGUCUUGAUGGAAGGACAUAACUUUAAUCGCAAUGAUAUCCUGAUCUGUGCUACUAAUGGAAAACUCUACGCAAUUCACAAGAAAGAUGGAUCACGCUUAUGGCGAUCCAAAUACCCCACAGGCGCUUACGGCGGUAUUGUAUCUUUGUUUGUCACAGAUACCGACAAACUGCUGGCAGGUGCUCAAGGAAAAACAGCCUGUAUCGACAUGAUGACGGGAGAAGCACUUUGGGUGAACAAGAUGCCAGGUUUUGGCAUUGAAGAAGUAUCGAUUUUAACCACACCCAGUCGGUUCCUAUCACCAAAGAAGCAUCCCAAUGAUAUCGCCACCGCAGCCUCGCAUCAUGACCAGGACGAGCUACCACCACCGGGUUAUGACCAGGAAGGGACGCAAGACAAAGCUGUUGUCAUUGCAUGUAGCCGAGGAAAAGUGAUGGGCAUCGAUAUUGAUACAGGAGACACGCUAUGGGUAUACAAAUGCCCAGGUGGCGGUUUCAACAUUCCUGUGUCUAUCGUUGAGCCGCCCAGUCUGGAGGAUGACAGGCCACACCAAUUAGUCUAUGUGGGUUCUGGUAAAUGGGUCUACUGUCUCAAGGCCAAUACGGGUGAUGUUGUCUGGAGUGCCAAGGUGUCGAAUGCACACUGGGGAUAUAGCUACAUGACAUUGGCAACACCUUGGAGCUCUCGGCUUGCUGCAGAGGCAUACUCUGCGUUCAGUCAAAAUCCAUCUGCUCAAACAAGAGACAGAAUCCGCCAACAAGAGAAUUCUCAGUAA